CUGUGCCUGCACGAGUGUCUGGUGUCUGAGCGCAUGCAUCCAUGCAUCCAUCUGUGCAUACAUCUGCACGGCUGUGAGCCUCCGAACACAGCAUGUGUGUCAGUGUGUGUGCGUUGUAAGUCAGAGAGAGAGGGACAACAAGGGAGUGAGAGAAAUAGAGAAAUGAGGGAGUUCUGAGAGCUCAAUGGGCAAACGGGAGAUCCUGAUGUGCUGCUUUACGCUCUUUCCCGGCAAGUUUUUUGCCGUACCUCAGGAUUCUUUAGGUUCAGAGUGAAGAAGUUGCUUCAAGUUCUUCUUGUCUCCUUUGACCACCUCCAGAUCUGCUCUGCCUUUUGCUCUCUCCUUCACCUGUCCAAAACGGACAAACCUGGCCUUUUGCAGCGUCGCCCCACAUGGUCGCCGCUCCCUACCCUUAGUCUCCCAGUCUCACUGAUCCCCUCAUGGGCACCACAUCAGACAGCAGCUCCAAAUUCCCUGCAUCUACACUGAGACCCUGUCUUCACCCCUAACCACCUCACUCACAUCGACACACCUUGAGCCCUGAUGGAGUCCAAAGAUACCAUGAUGACAAGCAUGCAGACCAAGGACAAGCAGGAGUACGAGGAGGACAAAGGGAGCAAGCAGCCGGAGGCCCAGGAGGAGGAGCCGCAUGAAAACGCCAACCUGCCCUUAGUUGAUGGCCUUGCAGACAGAGGACCCAAGAGCGUGACCUCCGGCUCAGGUCAGCAGGUGUCGAACGGCUUCACAACAUCCACCCCUCAGAGUCCCAGAGAGGCGCUGGGCACUGCGGUGGGGGCUGUGGGCAUGCCCCCCGCCUCCGGAGGGGACACCGGGGCCUCAGCGCCAUUCGGGGGCCUAAGAACUCUGGUGGUCCAGCAAACCAGCCUGGACAGGCCCAGGGAGACCUGGAGCAAGAAGAUGGACUUCCUGCUGUCAGUGAUCGGCUACGCCGUGGACCUGGGAAACGUCUGGCGCUUCCCAUACAUCUGCUACCAAAACGGAGGAGGUGCUUUUCUGCUACCCUACCUGUUGAUGGCGGUGUUCGGAGGUGUGCCUCUCUUCUACAUGGAGCUGGCUCUGGGGCAGUUCCAUCGCAGCGGCUGCAUCUCCAUCUGGAAGCACAUCUGCCCCAUCUUCAAAGGAAUUGGCUUUGCCAUCUGCAUCAUAGCGCUCUACAUUGCCUUCUAUUACAACACCAUCAUGGCGUGGGCCCUCUAUUACCUGCUGUCAUCUUUUCGGCCCACCCUGCCCUGGACCACCUGCACCAACAGCUGGAACACAGUCAACUGCUACCGCUACCUGUCCUCUGACCAAAACGUGACUUGGUCCAACUUAUCCACGUCCCCCGCCGAGGAGUUCUAUACUCGCCAGGUGUUGCAGGUCCACCUCUCAUCAGGUCUGCACCAGCUGGGCUCUGUCAGCUGGCAACUGGCUCUCUGUCUGCUCUUCAUCUUCACCAUUGUUUAUUUCAGUAUCUGGAAAGGGGUCAAGACGUCUGGAAAGGUGGUAUGGGUGACAGCCACGUUUCCAUAUCUGGUUCUCCUGAUUCUGCUCAUUCGAGGGGCCACUCUACCUGGGGCCUGGAGAGGCGUGGUCUUCUAUCUCAAGCCAGACUGGCAGAAACUACUCAGCACCACAGUGUGGAUAGACGCAGCCGCUCAGAUCUUUUUCUCCCUGGGUCCGGGCUUCGGCGUGCUUCUCGCCUUCGCCAGCUACAAUCCAUUUCACAACAACUGCUACAAGGAUGCACUGGUCACUAGCUCGGUGAAUUGCCUGACCAGCUUUCUGUCAGGCUUCGUCAUCUUCACAGUUCUGGGAUACAUGGCAGAAAUGCGGCAGCAGAACGUUGAUGUUGUGGCCAAGGAUGCAGGCCCCAGUCUGUUGUUCAUCAUUUAUGCAGAAGCCAUCGCGAACAUGCCUGCCGCCACGUUCUUCGCCAUCAUCUUCUUCCUCAUGAUCAUAAUGUUGGGUCUGGACAGCACGUUUGCUGGUUUGGAAGGGGUGAUCACAGCGAUGCUGGACGAGUUUCCGCGUCUGCUUGCUAAGAGGCGAGAGUGGUUUGUCUUUGGGCUUGUGUGCGUCUGCUACCUGGGAGCCCUGUCUACGCUCACAUAUGGAGGAGCGUUUGUGGUGAAGCUGUUUGAAGAGUAUGCCACAGGGCCCGCGGUCAUCACCGUGGUGCUGCUAGAGGUCAUCGCCGUUUCCUGGUUUUACGGCACCAGCCGCUUCUGUAACGACAUCCAGGUCAUGCUUGGUUUCUACCCGGGGUGUUUCUGGCGAGUCUGCUGGGUAGCCAUCUGCCCCUGCUUCCUUCUGUUCAUCAUCAUCAGCUUCCUGGCUUUUCCUCCAGAGGUCAAGUUGUUCAACUACACAUACCCACCGUGGACAACUGUGUUGGGCUACUGCAUUGGGGUGUCUUCCUUCAUCUGCGUGCCGUCUUAUAUGGUUUACUACUUGCUGAACGCAAAGGGCACCUUCAAACAGCGCCUCUUAAAAAGCAUCACCCCGGAGCCCAGCAGUGAAAACCACAGAGACUACAUCGUGACCAACGCAAUCUGACCAAACGGGCAGAGCACCGGGAGGCGCCUCUCCCCCUGUCUGAGGCCCCCUCUUCUGGAUAAACUGCAAAAUUACAGGACAAGGGGGCUACCUUUCACCAUCUUUGCCUCUUUUCAUACUUUAGCUGUUUCUCUCCACCCUAAGACUGUUAUUUUGGUUGAGUGAUGCUACAGCAGUUUGUCUGCUUCAUCUUGGGGAAAUUUUUGUCAUUUUCCCUUCCAACUACCAGAGAAAGAAAAAGUCCAGUCAAUUUUUUUUAUUUCACCAAAAACUACAAUUCCCAGAGCCCCAUCCCCUUCACAUUCAAGCCCCAAAAGUUCUCUGUAGAUUCCAAAAUUACCUAAAUCAGUAGGAUGCAGGGGUUGGGAGAUAGCCAGGUUCAGAAAUGCCCUCAAUAGAAGAUAAAUUAAUAUUGCUGUAAGUCAGGAGGUUAGGGUUACUUCUCAAGCCCCAGACACACCAAGCAUGUGACGUAUAUUCAAGAACAUGCUAAACACACAUUCUUGAACAUGUGUUAAGCACAUGGUGUUCUCACUGGACAAGUGGGAAAGAGAUUCUUCUUCUCUUUUUUGCUACUGUUUAGUAGCGCAUGUCCGUCAUCUACAGUUGAAAGGGUCUUGGUGAAAAUGUCAAAGCGGUGAAAAUCUUGUUAAUCUUGCUCCAGGUUUUUUUCCUUUGACACUUCUCUUCUGAUAUAUGAAAGAUUUGAUGUCAAAGAUUUCCAGCCGGACAUAAACCGCAAUUAUUAACGUCUCCUCCCUGAUCAGUUUUCAAAUGGUUGGCACCUCCGUGAACUAAAAGGGAAGCAAUCCAUACAUAGCUACCCAAUCUAAGUCCCUGAUUGGUCAAAGUCGACCUGGUUUAACUUUCAAUGUGUAGUGGCAGCAUGAGCUUUAAGUGUUAAAGCCCAAAACUUACAUUUACGCCUGUUUACUUAUUCUCUUCACUGGAAGUGGUUGCUUGAGGGGAGGUGGGAACGUAGCUUGAGUUGUUUGAACUAUUUUCGUCCAUUCAAAUAAAUCCUUUAAACAAAGUCAUUUAGAAACCAUGUCAUGCAUAUUUCUAUAAAGUUACAUGAAGCAUUUAAAAGGCCAGAUAAUCCCUCUCCCCUCCUUGGUUGAUGCUGUGUUUUCAUAUUACACUAAUGAGUUAUGCAUAUGUAGCCAGAUUCAGGUAUAUUUUCUCUGUUACUGAAGCCAAAUACCAGAUCUGCUCUGUUCCUGUCUCUGAAACCUUUUCGAUAGUACAGCUGUUGUGGUGCGCUGUUGACUGUGAGUCUGUCCUCAUCUGGUGACUUCUUGGAGGAACGGCAGAUUUGUAACAAGGUCCCCACACUGUGAAGCCCUGUCUGGUGGUGAUAUGGAUGUGUGUGUGUGUGUGUGUGUGUGAGAGAGUAAAAGGAAGGAGGAAACUUAAUAACAAAAAGAAGGAAAAUGCACAUGAAUUCGUUCUAUACCUGCAAUAUGAGAUAUAUGUAUUUAUUUUGGAAUGCAGCUGUGCAGGAAGUCUGUCAGCGUGGUGACGGUCCUAAGCACACCUUGUUCUUCAGUAACUGGAUCCAAAUAUGGAUCAGAGCUAAUUAGAAAAAAAAUCUUUUGUUUUAAACCAAAUAUGUGUGCCUAUGUGUGUAUGAGAGUGUGUGUGUUUCCUAAAGCGGGAUUUGAAUUAUGGCAAGCACUGUACAUCCUCAAGUGUAUUCACUGAUCAGCCUGGUAUUGAUGUAAUCAUGUGAAUACCUGUCUCCUCCCUUCAUGAAUGUGUGCUGUGGGGGCCCUGUUGUGUGAUGUGUGUGGGUGUGUGUACAGUGAUCUUCAUGUGUGUGUAUGUGUGCGCGUGUGUGUCGGUGAUGUGAUCUCCAGUUGUCCUGUUAAAUGCCAAACUAUCUAAUGAAAAAAACUCCCUCUUGCCUCUUUCUCUCUCAUACCUCUCAAGCUUAUGUAAGAUUGAUGUAUGUCAAUAAAAGGCUGUACUAAGAACCUUCUGUAUAGAAUAAAGAUAUAUAAAUAUAUGGGGAAAAAAUAAAGAUAUAUAAACAUUA